UAACAGUACAUGGUAUUUAUGUUUAGUGUCUUGUUUUGUUUAGUUCCUCCCACAGAUCUGACGUUAGAAGUCAAAGUUGAUAAAGACAGUCAAAUGUAUGCUACUUGCACUGUGUAUGGCUCGAAUCCUGUCUGCAACGUUCAGUUUAAAGCUCCAAGAGGUAUCAUCGGAUCAGAAAGGUCUUCAGAGAACAUAAGUCUACCCCAUGGUGCGUGGAAUUCUGUGUAUGAAGUAAACUUGAAUGUCAGUGAAGAAGACAAUGGUAAAGAUGUAACGUGUAAAGUUGAGUGUGACGAGUUUCCUGUUGACCUUACAGACACUGUCAAAAUACUUCUGCCUUCCACAAACGAAACAGGUGUAGGUUUAGGAGCUGUUAUUGGAUCCGUUAUUGCUGUAUUAGCUGUUGGAAUUCUUAUUGGUGCGAUUUGUACCGUGUUUAUUCUUACUAGAAAAAGAAUUAAAACAGGCUCGAAAACACAGCCGACAGUUUCUCAUGAAACAGAAUUAAAUGAACCACCAACUGCUCUGGACACCUACGAGCAACUUCAAAACAGAACAGAUACUGAAAUCAGGCGAACUUAUGAUUCUCUUGAAGUCAGCUCCGGAGAACAACCAAACAGCGAAUCACAGUAUGAGAGCCUGAAUCAGGAAGCAGAGAAAUAUCACACAUAUACAGAACUAAAACAAAGCCGAUAAAUCUAAAGAACCUACUUGAGAGAUUCGCCUUGAACGUUGAACUUUAUAGAAGGAUUGUUUGUAAUAUUUGUAAUUCUGUUAUUUUAAUAAAAGAAAAUUAAUGAAAGAUAUCGUUAAACAAAUAGUCUCACUGUACAUAAAGAUAUAAGAUGAAAUUAUGUAAUAGAUGAAAAGGGCUAUGUAUUCUGUUAUGUAUACACCUGGAAAUAAGUUAAGCACACCCGGCAUGUUGCUUCAAUUUUGACAUGACUACAGCUGAAAUCUUAAAUGUUUUUGGGCAAUGGUAUGAACCACCUAUAGUCAACCUGAAACAGCUGGAACAAGCUCUGCACAAAGAAUGGCAACAUUUACUUCAAAAUCGCAUUAGACGCCUUACUGGUAUUAUGAGAGGAAGGACUGAGACUAUCAUCCGGGCACGUGGCAGCUACACACGCUACUAAAAAUUCGGCUACAAAAUGUCAUUUACCAAACAUAUCUACCAGUAAUUAUUUUGUAAACUCUUCAUAAACUCUUACAAUUGUUGUACAAAAAAACGACCACAUUUGCUUAAGCUUCAAUUAUUUGGUUAACAUACAA